AUGGAGCUGUAUUUAGGAACCGCAUGGCCGGCACAUGCCGAGUCCGAUGCCCCCAGCGAUCGGCCCGACAGUCAAGGGGCCUUCUUAUUUAUCGACUACCAGGAUGAGUCCUCUCAGGCCCAUGCUGUGGCCAAACGAAAACAAGCCUUCCUGAAGAGACGACAUUUCCGGUCCAAGAAGCAAGAGCGAUUGCAAAAGCUGAAGGCCUCCAUCGAACCCUUGCCAUCCCACCCCCGGAUCGGGUCGUGGGACCAAGCCUUGCAGUCGGGAGGGCUGGACCCCUUCUCAUCCUUUGCCGACUCCAUGACCGACAAUAUGUGUUUCUACUUUCACUAUUAUCGGACCCAGUGCGCCCAGUCGAUCUACCCAUUUGCGGCCUCAAGGAUAGGGGUCUGGUGGUUGCAGCAGGCCAUCGGGCAGCCGGCUCUCUUACAUAUUCUUCUGUCCACCAGUGCUACCCAUCGAGAGUUUCGGGGAUCUCUGGCUCAGAUGCGUCCCGUCGUUCAAAAGGCCCAGCGAGAUUCCCUGAAGUUCCGGGCGAUUACCAUUAAACACAUCCAGAAUAUGGUGCAAAGUCCAAACGAACCUUUGCUGGAGUCAGCACUGCUCCUUAUCGCGCACUUAAUCUGUGUAGAGGCCGCAGACGCCAAUUUGGAAGCCGUGGAGUGUCACCUGAGUGGCUUGAUCAAAAUGGUUGAUUUAAGGGGCGGUAUAGACAUGCUGAGCCGGGAGACGGUCUCAAUGAUCUACUCUGCCGAUAUCAUGAGCGGCGUCCUCCGAAUAUCAGCACCAGUGUUCCCAAUGUCAGUAACGUGGAAGACCGCAGUACUGGGGAACCUGGAUGUUCACCAUCCGAAAAGUGGUGUCUCGGAGCCAUCUCUGGUCGGUGGUCGCUUCUUUGACUCCCCUUGGUCAACAUAUGUUCAUCCAGCGCUUCGGACCGCAAUCCGGCUCUUCCGACGGAUUACCCAUUGUCUGUCGACCAAAGGAGCAGCCGAGGUCCCGGCCCUGGACGAGUGGGUGGGUUAUGCAAUCCAUCGUGUUUUGUCGCUAAUUCAUGAUUGUAUCGCAUCUGACUUGAACGAAUGCUUACGACUAUCCGUCCUGUUAUAUGCCGUCGUCCAGAUAAGGACGUUUGGAGGCCUGCCGGGUAUCAGCUCCCUCGUGAUAGCUCUCCGCAAUCGGUUGAGGACAGGGCUUCCCCUUGCUCAAUGUAUAGCACCCGAUUUAUCCUUCUGGAUGCUCUUUAUGGGUGGCAUGGCAUCCAAAGAACCCGUCAGUCGGGCAUGGUAUGUGGCUCACUUGGCGGAGGUUGCAGAGCAAUUGUCUCUCAACGGAUGGGACACCGUGGUGCCUUUGUUAAAAGGAUUCUUGUUUAUGUCUCAGUCCGAUAACACCCACCCGGAAGCUCUCUGGGAUGACGUUAAAAAGCAGCAAGCUCUGGAACAUGAUGCGUACAACUGA